GUUCUAGCUACCCAGCGACCAUCUGAAGAGAGUAUUCUUAGAUCUUUAUUUCUGAAAGGGAUUGUCUUUUCUCAGGUGCCAUGAAGGCACUAGUAGCUUUAAUAUUGCUUGUUCAGCUUCCAAUUCACAAAGCUGCACCAGCAGCUCCUCCUACUCCCUUGGGCUGCGAUGACCCAGAAUCUGAAGCAGCAGCUGAAGUAGCUGUGAGUUAUAUUAAUGGCCACAGUCACCACGGAUACAAGUUUGCCUUAAACAGAAUUGAGAACAUCCGUGUGCUACCCCAGGGGCUGAAUAAUGACAUAAUAUUUCUUGAACUUGACUUAUUAGAGACCACAUGCCACAUUCUCAGCCCUACACCUCUUGCAAAUUGCACAGUAAGGAGCUUCACAGACCACGCAGUGGAGGGUGACUGUGAUAUCAAACUGCAGAAGGUAGAUGGACAGUUAUCUGUACUUGCCAGUAAAUGCCACUCACAUGCAGACUCCAGUGAAGAUGUUCUCCAGUUCUGCCCUGACUGCCCACUGCUGGCAAGUUUGAAUAACACGGAGGUGUUAGCAACUGUUGCAGCUGCUCUCCAAGACCACAACAGCAAAACUGCUGAUACCUACCUCAGACUGCUUGAGAUUGGAAGAGCCAGAAUACAGUAUCACCCAGUGCAUGUUGUCUCUGUUGAGUUUGCUGUGGCUGCCACGAACUGCUCAGCAGCAAAAGCUAAAGCUGAUGUGGAGACUUGUCAACUGCUGCCUGACGAUCAGUCGAAUUUUGGUUUCUGCACAGCAACAAUGGUAACAAAGCCCUUGCAGGACCUCAAAGUGGACUGCCAGCUCUACGGACAUCAGCCUGGAGUUACCUACUCUCAACCAGGUCAAGACACAGCAGCAGGAAUGACACCCAGUGUUGUACAAGGCUUCCCAAACCAUAAUCUCAGGCUUUCCCACAAUAACCCUUUUGCAUCUGAAUCCAGCUCUUCAGAAUUUCCUUCCAUGCUCUCAGCCAAAUCUGUAGCAAAGAGAGCAGCUGCCGCAGUUGCUCAGCAUGACAAAGUACCUCACCCCGUUGGCUUUGUGCCUCCUCCUCCUCCAUGCCCUGGGAAGGUUCGCCAUUUCAAGAUAUAGGCUGUGUCCCAGACAUGGCAAUACAGCUCACUGAAGGACCAGUGUGCAGCAGCAGCAGCAACACACAGACCACAAGUGCGAAUAGGUGAGAACACUUGACUCUGAGCCCAAAUUGAGUUUCCCCCUCCAGACAGCAGAGCCGUGGGCAGGAUCUUGCAAAGACCUGCUUCAAAAUGUAGGUGGUUACAACGUUGUUUCCUCUACAUAUAGGGAUGUUCUAGUUAAAAUACAGAAACACUGUUUCAAUGAAACUGCUGUAGGAGCUAUAUAACAGUUGUAGCUUUAUGAUAGAAACACCAUCCAAAAGGUUACUUCAAAAUAAAAUGUUCAACAGAAA